AUGAGCGUCGCUGGCGGCUUCUCGCAGCCGGCGUCUGUGCUGCCGCACGAGGCGAUGUACGGAGGCUUCGCGCCCGCGGCUCGCCUCGCUCUGCAGGGACACCCACCGUCGCCCCCGCUCCCCGCGCCCUCCUACCUGCACUCGUGGAUUCUCGGCCACCCAGGCGGCGGUGGAGGAGGGAGGGGAGGCCGUCGCUGCUGCAGGCCGCGGGUCCCGUACUGCCCGCCCGUGAAGCGGCGAGGAACCGCGAAUCGCAAGGAACGGCGGAGGACAUUGAGCAUCAACAGCGCCUUCGCCGAGCUACGGGACUGCAUUCCCAACGUGCCGGCCGACACGAAGCUGUCCAAGAUCAAGACCCUGCGUCUGGCCACCAGCUACAUCGCCUACCUCAUGGAGGUGUUGGCCAGGGGGCCCUCCUCGGCCGGCGAGAACGCGGCAGACGCGCCGGCGUUCCGUGCCGAGCUGCGGCGAGCGGACGGCAGGGACGAGCGAAGGCGGAGACAGCUGCAGGACGAGAUAAAGCGCGGAGCGGCGAGCAGCGCCGAGAGGAAGAGCAAAGGACGCACGGGGUGGCCUCAGCACGUGUGGGCACUCGAGUUCCAAUGACCCCUUCACCCCCCCCCCACCUCCACCCUAC